AAGCAACAUGUCUGACACAUUGAAUGGUGGUAAUGCAACGCCCCUCGUCACCCAAUCACCACCAUCCUCCCCAUCUCACAAUCCUCCAAAGACUCCUCCUGAAAUGGAAUCAGACGGCCAGUUGACUUGUAGCAUCUGCAAGAAGCGUUAUUCAGAUCCUCAUCUGUUGCCAUGCCUUCAUACUUUCUGCUGUGGUUGUCUUAAGACACUCUCGCCUUAUAUAUUGAAUAACGACGAUCGGAGUAGCAGCGCUGGUAGUUCAGUGAGCAGCUUAGGGAGUGGUCAUAGCAGCCUACGCAGUCUCACAAUCCUAUGUCCGCUAUGUGAGAUCGAAGUUGAGCUGCCCGUCAAAGGACCAGAGUUGCUCCCUGUUGACUUUAUGAUCAAGAAGAAGUUAAUGUUAGCAUCUCUGAACCCGGAGGCUGGAGAAACGAUUUGUGAUCUAUGCACAGACAACGCUAAAGCACUAUCAAGAUGCAUGGAAUGUAUGGUAAACGUCUGCGGGUUCUGUGCUCAGGCCCACAAGAGACAACGUAAGACUGCUGGACACUCGGUCCUAUCGAUGCAUGAGGCUCGGCGACAAGGAGCGGCUAACUUGAGCUGCCCUGUCUUAUGUCCUAAACAUAACCAGGAAGAGCUUAAGAUGUAUUGUGAGACGUGCGAUCAAUCAGUCUGUCGAGAUUGCUGUCUCGUUGAGCAUCGUGAGCAUCUUGUAGAAUACUCCGAAGAUGUUGCUCAUCAUCACAAACGUGUCCUUGAUAAUCUUGUAGCUCGCCUCCAACCCCAUAUUCAGGCCAUCUCCGGUGGAGUUAACUCCGUCAAUCGAGCUGAAGCCUCGGCUGCAGAGAAGUCCAAAGAACUGUGCCAUGAUAUCAACUUCUACUACGAUAACUACAUCCAAGCGUUGCAAGCUCAUCGAAGAAGUCUCUUGAGUCGAGUCUCCCAGGCCUGCGAAACGCGCACCAAGUCCCUUCAAUCUCAUCGGCUCCAGCUGCAGCAGAUUCUUCAUGAUAUGCAGCAUUCAAGCAACGUAACAUCGUUUGCUUUAUCGGAGACUAACAAUAAAGAGCUUCUGUCUUUGAAACCAACACUCGGAAAGCGUCUUAGCUUGCUGAAUCGAGUGACGUACCAAUGCACGCCAAGAGCAGAUAAUCUAUUGAGAUUUAAGGCCAAGGCUAAGGCCGGUAGAGUCAAUGGAUACGAGGUACAUGGGGUCCUGGAAUCAAAGCAUUUGGAUCCGAUGAAAUGCUACGUCAGAGGAGAAGGAGUCUAUGAGGCAAGACAAGACAUGGAGGCUGAGUUUCUUUUAAUCACUCAAGACACUGAGAGUCGUCCUUAUACUAAAGGCGGAGAAGACGUACGAGCUGUACUGUCAACAGAGUCCAUUAGGAACAGAGUUCUUAAUUGCAAUGUAAUUGAUGGGGAGGAUGGAACAUACAGAGUUCUCUACACACCACAGCUACGCACUUCGUACACACUCAGCGUGUUUUUGGAUGGACAGCAUAUAAAGGACAGCCCCUUUACCUUAAUGGUACAUGAGGGAUGGCGGGAACACUCCGGUAUCUGGCACUGCUGCACUUUCUGUUCAAGCGAGGGCAGCAAACAGGCUACUUGUGCAUGUGGAGGGAAAAUGCCAGGUGGAUUCAUGGGAUGUGGUCAUGGACAUCCAACCCAUCCAGGUAAGUGGCACUGGUCCUGCUGCGCUCUUACCAAACAAGACUUAGAAUGCCUUGAACAGCGCCCUCACACAACUCACCGAGCCACGCCCCCAGUAGGAGAUGACAACCCUAGACUGGGCGUGGUUCAUCCUGGAAGUAUAAGACGGGAGAUGGGCAUCGCUGCCAAGCCGGGGGUGGGGCAUAUCCACCAGCGCCACACCCCUAGUCCUAGUACAGGGUCAGAGACUCAGCGAGGAAGAGACAAACAAGUCCACGCCGUUUCACUCUAAAAUGAUGAUUCUUUAAGACCUGGAAUUUCAUUGUGGAGAGGGCAAGGCAAUUUUUAUUUUGUUAAGGGCACUUCAAUUACAAAAUCUGUUAAACUUGGGUGUCUAUAGAACCCAUAACAGUUUCUGAUAGAUAGACUGGACUAAUCUGAAAGUCUUCAGGGUGUCUCCAAAAAAAACUAUAUACUUUUGAAAUGUCUGCCGAAAACAAAAUAUAUGAUUCUGGGGGAAG